CUCAAGAUAUAGGACUAUCUGAUCUUCUGCGUCCUUCUACAUAGACCAUCGAGAAAUACCAUCAAGUCCGGAUCCCCGUACGCGUGGCUGACUACCAAGCUACGGGUAAAAUCAAGUCACAGAAAGCCAGAAAAGGCAGACCGAGACCUUUCAAGGUUGUAGUGGCUCGGAAGAGGAAGAAGACGGCCACGACGUACAACUCAUUAACAGCUGCCAAGAUCUGGAUGUAUAUUCAGAAGAUGUUUCCCCUAGACAUCCUCAGGAUAGUACUCGAUUACACCACUUUUGAAAAGUAAAAUUCAACAUUAUUGGCCAUGUGCUUUCGCGUCCAAUGAAUUAGCUUUAAAGAAUUGAGCCAGAUCUCGUCGGUUCGAUGUCUCAACCGGCAAGCGAUCUUUAUCAUCUAUCUUGAUGAUCUUCUUGAGACCCAUUUUGUUCAUUAUGGAAAGAUUUUCGAUGAUUGUAAGAUCGUUGUUCACAGAACUAUGCUAUUGUGACAGAACUAAACCGUCGUAGGACUCAAAUCACCCGGCAAGCUGUCGUAAGAAUUGGGUCACCAGCAGAAGUGAUUGGCGACUACCUUACCUAAUCGAAUACAUUUUCUACUCCUUCAAUUCGAUUCGAUGGGGUAAGAAGAAUGAAAGCCCGUGACAGAAUGCGCGCCAUAAUCCCACCGUCAUCGUACGUGAUAAGCCCCCGAAGCCACCCGGGGCUGACCAGUAGCGACCAUGUCGAAAGCUUCACUUCAGUCCACCAAAUCGCCAAUCGGGCACGCUUAGGGCACGCCAUAAUUAUACCCAGCUCGUUCGGCCAUCAUCACAAGCGGGAACCAUUUGGCUUCUCCACGGCCGAGCCACGAGAUGAAGUCCGUUAAUCUCACCCUCACCACUGCCGCCGGAUUGGUGCUAUGCCUGCUUGCCAUCGACGGUAUCGCGGCCCGUUCCGGUGCGGACCGCAAGAAGGACUACGACUACGAGUACGAGACGGGCCUGUCGAGUGGAGGCGGUGGCGGCGGCGGCGGCGGGUACAGCAGUUCCGGCAGCAGCUACACACCCAAAUCGGGCUACAGUGCCGGCAGUGGGCUACGCUCGAUCGCCCAAGGUUCAGCGGAUCAGGCAAAUUCGGCCGUCGCGAAUCAGCACGCCGCAGCCAAACAGGCUGCGUACGUGGCGCAGAAUACGCUCGCCCAGGCAGCCUCGCAGGCGGCGGCCACCGCACAAGCCGCACUCGCCGGCAAGCACGUGCUGCUGCAGGGACUGGAGCAGCAAAGUCUCGAAGCGCACCAAGCGCUCGACGCGGAGAUACAGCAGCUGCAGCAAGCGAAACGAUCGGCCAAGGCGGCUCAGCACGCAGCCCAACAAGCGCUGAACCACGUGCAGGUGCUUCAGUCCGCACUGAACAAUGCGCAGGUGGCGGCUGAACAUGCGCAGCAGAGCGCGAGCGAGGCGGCAGCCGAGUUGGCCUCCCAGACGCAGAUGGUCGGUACGGCGAAGCAGCGCGUGGAAGCGCUCGAGGAGCAGCUGAACUCGGCCCGGGUGGACUUUGAGGCUACGCAGGAAGCGGCCCACAAGGCAGCGGCCUCGGCCCAGGAAGCGCAGAACAAUGCGGCCGAAGCGGCGGCCCAUGCUGCGAUCCCGCUCGUGCACGUUGCUCAAUCGAUCUCGGACGGUCAUGGGCUCGGCAACAGCCACACGCUGCAGGCGAAGAUCGGCAAGGUCGGUGGUGGUGGUGGCAGCAAGCAUCAGCAGCAGCAGCAGCACGAAUCGUCGGAGGAUGAGAUUAACAGUGGCGAGAUUGAGGUGGCGGCCAACCACAACUACGGUGACUUUAAACCAUCCCAGCAGACGUUCAGUUUCGCCGGGUACUAAGCUCUAGACCGACCGACCGUCCGACCGACCACUCGACCACCGCGGCUUGUUCCGCCGUACCGCCCAAGAUCUAUGUUUUAAUAGAGCCACCACAUAAACAUAAACUCAUACUUACAGCCAGACGACGACAACCGAACACAGCUCAAUAUACAGAAGCGCGGCCCCAAGAUCAGUGUCAAUGUGCGCCAGAGAGAGCAAUCGCGCCGGCCACACUCGCGCUUUGCAGAUGAAAGUGAAAUCGAUCGAUCGAAGCGGAACUACACAUAGGAGUGGAAUUGCGCACCGGCAAAUACCGUAAUCCCGGAAGGGUUGGUGUUGGUGGCUUUCACGGUCUCCGGCACACACAUCUCGCAUUGCCAAAAGCCGGUUUUUCCGGCAUCGUGAUGCUGGGUGGGAGGGGGUGAGUUUUUCCUGCUCCAUCGCCUCCAUCCGUAGAGCGCUUUGAAGUGUAUAGAGCAGUGACCACGAAACCGACGAGCGAAACAAGCCACAUACACUGACUAGAAAGAGACAGAGAGAGAGAGAGAGAGAGAGAGAGAGAGAGAGAGAGAGAGAGAGGCGACUGUAAUCACACAUUUUGUAUUUAUUUAUGUAACUAUGUACACCAGGACACACGGGAAGGCCUGCUCUGCUUCUCGUGCGUGAUGACGACAGCGAGUUACGACCGCAUUAGAAUGUAGUUGAUAUUUGGUUGUGUUUUGUUUUUCUUCUUUGUUUUCCUCCUGUACUACACUACUAAUCUGCCCCAGCUGACAACUGUACUGUAGUGCAGUAGUAACUGAGAUUAUUAUUGACGAUUGCUGUAAUAAAAGUAUGAAGGAAGUACCACCUGUA